AUGGGGAAACCAGGCAGAGAGAACCAAACCACUGUUUCAGACUUCCUCCUUCUAGGACUCUCUGAGCAGCUGGAGCAGCAGCUUCUCCUAUUUGGCAUCUUCCUGGGCAUGUACCUGGUCACUGUGGUGGGGAACCUGCUCAUCAUCCUGGCCAUCAGCUCUGACCCACACCUUCACAUUCCUAUGUACUUCUUUCUGGCCAACCUAUCAUUAACUGAUGCCUGUUUCAGUUCUACUUCAAUCCCCAAAAUGCUGGCGAACAUUUAUAGUCAAAGCCAGACCAUUUCCUAUUCUGGGUGCCUUACACAGCUGUAUUUCCUUAUCACAUUUGGUAGCCUUGACAAUUGCCUCCUGGCUGUGAUGGCAUAUGACCGCUAUGUGGCUAUCUGCCAGCCACUCCAUUACAGCACAGCUAUGAAUCCCAAACUCUGUGCACUAAUGCUGGGCAUGUGCUGGCUGCUAACCAACUGCCCUGCCCUGACGCACACACUGCUGUUGACUCGUCUGGCUUUCUGUGCCCAGAAAGCUAUUCCCCACUUCUACUGUGAUCCCAGUGCCCUACUGAAACUUGCCUGCUCAAAUACCCACAUUAAUGAGCUGAUGAUCAUCACUAUGGGCCUGAUGUUUCUCACUGCUCCCCUCCUGCUGAUUGUCCUCUCCUAUGUCCGUAUUUCCUGGGCUGUGUGUAGCAUCUCAUCUCCUGGGGGGCGGUGGAAGGCCUUCUCCACCUGUGGCUCUCAUCUCACAGUGGUCCUGCUCUUCUAUGGGUCUCUUAUGGGUGUGUAUUUACUUCCUCCAUCAACUCACUCUACUGAGAGGGCCAGUAGGGCUGCCAUUCUCUAUAUGGUGAUUAUUCCCAUGCUAAACCCAUUCAUCUAUAGCUUAAGGAACAAAGACAUGAAGGAGGCUUUGCGUAAACUUUUUGGCAGUGGGAAAACAUCUCUCUUACCAUGA